AUCAUACAGUCGCGAAGAUGAAACCACUGUUGAAACUGUUUGUGGCAUUCUGCCUGGUGAACUUUGCACUUUCAAGACCUUUCCCCGAAGGUGACGAGGAAGCUGCAGAUGGUGGAGAGGAGCCAAAGGAGGAGACGACAGAAGAAAACGAUGGUGGCGAAAAACCGGAUGACGCGGCAGGAGAUGAUGCAGGAGGCGAAGAUGCAGGAGGUGAAGAUCCUGGAGACGAAGACGCAGGAGGCGAUGGUGCAGGAGACGAAGACGCAGGAGGCGAUGAUGCAGGAGAUGAAGACGCAGGAGGUGAAGAUGCAGGAGGCGAAGAUGCAGGAGGCGACGAUGCGGGAGGCGAUGAUGCGGGAGGCGAUGAUGCGGGAGGCGAUGAUGCAGGAGAAGGUAAGGAAAACGGGGAAGGUGAGGAAGAAGGAGGUGACGAUGCUGGAGGUGAUGAGGAAAGUUCUCCAAAAUCCGGUGGAGGUAAAGGUGAAGCCAAGGAUGAUCGUAUCAAUACGUACAACAAGGUCGUCGAUCAAAUGGAAAAAGUUACCAAGGUGGACCACAUAGAGAGCGAAUAUCUGCGACUUGCCUUGGAUAACGAUCUGCAAGCGGGAUUGAGAAAUCCUGUUAUCGAUGCAAUUGGAACUGUUGGAGAUUAUUCUAAGAUUUCCAGCUGCUUCAAGUCCAUGGGCAGUGAAGUGAAGAAGAUUCUUAGCCAGGAAAUAAAAUCAUUCAAAGCUUGCAAGUCCAAGAAGGAUGGCAGCGAGUACAAAUGUUCCGAGGAGAGCUCGAAUAAAGCAAGGGAAAAAUUCACUCAAAUCGGAUCGAAGAUCGUAUCUUGUGUGUCGUCUAAAAGAAACUAGUGUUCUUUGAUUGGAUCAUAGGAUAAUAAAGCAAUGUACGGGCUUAUUAUACCCAACAAACAAUUGCCUAUUGAAUAAACGUCUUUUUGACGAUUGUAUUCAC